GCUGCUCCUCUCCCUCCCACCUCCCUCCCCUUCCCCCUCCUCGCCGGAGCUCGACGAAAUCUUCGCGGCGAGCCAGGGAGAGGGGAGGCCCUGCGCCACCGCCCGAUCUCCGCGUUGGCGGUGCCGGGGGGGGGGGGUGCCGAGCGGAACCCGACCGCGGCCGAUCCGGACAGGGCCCAGAUUCGCCGCGCGGCCGGUCUCCCCAGGCGGCGCAGAUCCCGCGACCCGGCCCCAACUUUCGCCCGUGGUACAGUACCGGAUACGAGGCAUGCAAAGGGAUCAGAAGCCACGGCUAUAGAGUGAUAUAGAUAUCUUGCUGCUGCAGUGCUGCAAUUUUGGGCCUCUGGUCCUGCAUAUUUAGAGGAGAUGCAGAGGAACGGAGGGAUGGAGUGCAGCGUAUGCCACUCCAAGGUGGUGGCCCCAAGCCCCCGGAGUGUGUCAAGGGCAUAUGACAAGCACCGCAGCAAGAUAUCAUCCAAGUACCGCGCGCUUCACUUCCUUCUUGUGUCAGGGGACUGCAUUUUGGUUGGUCUCCAGCCUAUUCUAGUCUUCAUGUCCAAGGUUGAUGGGAAAUUUCAGUUCAGUCCUAUCAGUGUCAACUUUCUGACGGAAGUUACAAAAGUUAUUUUUGCCAUCGUAAUGCUAAUAAUCCAGUCCAGAAAGCAAAAGGUUGGGGAGAAGCCACUUCUGUCUCUUUCAACCUUUGUACAGGCAGCCCGUAAUAAUGUACUCUUAGCUGUGCCUGCUCUCCUAUAUGCCAUCAACAACUACCUAAAGUUCAUCAUGCAGUUAUACUUCAACCCUGCAACUGUGAAGAUGCUAAGCAACCUGAAGGUACUUGUCAUAGCUAUCCUCCUAAAAUUCAUAAUGAGAAGGAAAUUCUCUAUAAUUCAGUGGGAAGCCCUUGCUCUGUUGCUUAUUGGAAUCAGUGUCAAUCAACUAAGCUCCAUACCUGAUGGAACCAAAUCUUUUGGUCUUGCAGUCACCACUAUUGCAUACAUAUAUACAUUUAUUUUUGUUACUGUCCCAUCACUUGCCUCAGUCUACAAUGAGUAUGCUUUGAAAAGCCAGUUUGACACUAGCAUCUAUCUACAGAAUUUGUUUCUAUAUGGUUAUGGUGCAAUUUUCAACUUCCUUGGCAUCCUGGGGACUGUCAUAUUUCAAGGGCCAGAGAGUUUUGACAUCCUUCGAGGGCAUUCAAGAGCCACAAUGUUUCUCAUUUGUAACAAUGCUGCACAAGGCAUUCUCUCUUCGUUCUUCUUUAAGUAUGCAGACACAAUUUUGAAGAAGUAUUCAUCAACCGUGGCCACAAUAUUUACUGGUCUAGCAUCUGCUGCAUUUUUGGGACAUACCUUAACAAUUAACUUUCUCCUAGGCAUCUCCAUAGUGUUUAUUUCAAUGCACCAGUUUUUCUCCCCACUGGCAAAGGUCAAAGAUGACAAACCGGCUGGAACAUUAGAGCCAGAAGAUGCACAGAAUCACAAGUUAUCUGACUCUUCUUUUGUAAAUAUGACUGCCAGUGCUGCUGCUGAUGCCAGCCAUCUUGACGCAACUGAUGAGAGAAAACCAUUGUUGCCAAUUUAAUAUUCUGUUUGAGGUAGGUAUAGAAGACAUUCUUUUUGCCAUGAAUCAUACAGAACUUAUGUAGCAUGAUGAGUACAAUAAACACUUGUAAACUAUAGAA